AUGGCUGCUGUCGAUGUCGUCGUGCUUGGCCACGGCAAAGUUGAUAGGCAGCCGGAACUUGCCAUUGUGACUGUUCUCUUACGAUGCGCUGACGAGGAUCUCGUUGCAGCUUCAGAUGCGGUGAGCGCAGCGGUCCAAAACAUCCAGGCAGUAAUCCGCGUCCUAGCGUCGCCGCAGUCCGCAAGCAACCACACUUCGCCAACCGUCGCCGAAGCGGCUGUCAAGGACUGGUCUUCGGGCUCUAUGUCUACACGAUCGUAUUUCCAAAACGAAAAUUCCCUCCGCUUUGGGCACGGAGGGCUGUUUUCCGCGCCACAACCGCCGCUGCCGGGACAACAUGAAGCGACGACGCGCAAAACCAUUCAUGAAGCCAGCGUGACCAUCUCCGCCACGUUUCGAGACUUCCUGAAGUUGGGCGAAUUCACAUCCAGCGUGGUGAAGAUGCCACUUGCCAGUGUGCACGACGUGCGUUGGACGCUAAGCGACGAGACGCUACAGCAAUUGCGGGAAGAUGCCACGACAAAAGCAUAUGCGGACGCACUUUGCAAGGCAACGUGGUAUGCUCGGGCCAUGGGCAAGGAGUUUGUACGGCCGCGCAAGAUCAGUGAGCUCCAGGCCAACCCGAUGUCUAGCACGGGAUUAUUCGGGGUGGCAGCCGGGAACCGGGUCGGCGGGGCUAGCGGUGGGAAUGGAGAGGAGACUACGCUUCAGUACGUCCCCAAGAACGUGCUUGUAGAGGCAUCUUGCGAAGUACACUUUGAGGUGACAGGUGUAGGUGGUGGAUGA